AUGGGGCUCCUCGGGAAACUCCGCGCCUCGGCGGCGGGCAGCGCGCCUCUGGAGCCUGCCUUCUCCAAUGUGCUCACCCCGAACCGCAUCCCCGAGUUCUUCAUCCCGCCGCGGCUGCCCACCCCCUAUGCUCCCGAGUCCUCGCCCUCGGCCGCCGCGCUGCCCCGGAGGUGCGCUGCUGAGCCGGACCUUUGGCUUCGAGGAGCCGACGACGGCGCGGGGCGCACGGACUGGGACCCGCGCUCGCAGGCCGCACUCUCGCUGCCGCACCUGCCCCGGGCGCGCACCGCCUACGGCUUCUGCGCGCUGCUCGAGAGCCCGCACACCCGCCGCAAGGACGGAGACGACGAGGACGAGAACGAGGGCCCCCCCGGCUCCGGCUCCCCGGAGCGGGCCCCCGGCGCGUCCCCCUCGCCAACUCCCAGCUCGCGUCCCGAGCGCCUGGAGGCCGAGGGCACCGUAACUCUGGGCCGCGCCGGGGGCGCCCUGCGCCUGGCCGCUGAGUACAGUAGGGCCAGCGGGCGCCUCCGCGUCCGGUUGCUCCGUGCCGAGGGCCCGACUGGAGGAGCAGCCGAGCCCCGCGCCCCGGUAGGCUGCAGAAUCAGCUUCGUCCUGAAGCCGCGGGGCGCCGUGGUCCGGCGGAGUCGCAGGGCCGUCUUGGAGCAGGACUUGUGCUUGGACGGGCUCUCGGAGGACGAGGUGCGCCGCCUGGCCGUGCGCGUCAAGGCCGAGAACCGGGGCCGCGGACUGGAGCGGGGCCGCCUGCUGGGCCAGGGCGAGCUGCUGCUGGGCCCCCUCCUGCUCCUCUGA